CCCCGUCCGCCCGACUACUCUACACUACCACCUCCACCUCCACCUCCACCGCUACCACCACUACUACCACCACCACCACCGCCUCCGCCUUACGCCUGCUCACCAGUGCCAGCCGGUCUUGCACCCUUCAGAGCCACCGCUGCAUCUCCACUUACACCCCCCCCCCCCCCCCUCCACACCACACUGCACCAUCGCCACCCCCCCCUCCCAUAUUUCCACGCACUCGCUCCUGUCCCCCCGUGA